CUAUAUUUGGUUUUUCUUUUUUUGAAAAGAAAAAUCUCCUAUAAACAGACACGCAUAUUGACACACAAUUUGUCACGUCUCGCGGAUCAAAUUCAAUACAAAGCAUCUACGAUUAAAUCAAUUCUUCAUAUAUAUUAGGGAUCAUUUCAGUCAACUUAUUUCCACUCCGCGAAACUGAAAUGUAGCUCUCCAUCAUGAAUGAAUCUAACUACCAAUCUUUAACUUUUUCAUAAGUAGAUUUAUUGGUAUCCAAUAUGGAUGCAUGACCAUUGAAUGCCACCCAUCUUCUCGCACCACUUUUUCUUAGUAUUCAAUCAUUCAUCAAUGAUGAUAAUAAGCACAUAUCAAUCAUCAUCUCCUAAAAUUUCUCUCUAUGUAGUAUGCAUAUAUAUUCAAAGUCUCCACACCCCUAAGCCCGUUACCCAUACAAUCUAAUAUACUACUCAUAUAUACUUAUCCUUGGGAAGCAAAUUUUUUUUUUGCUUCUUGUCCUAACCGCUAGGUAUAUGUGUAACUAUUACAUACACAAAAAUGGCCGCUUGCAAUGAUAGUAAUACUUACGACCAUGUCGGUGACAUAGAGCAGUAUGAGAUUGAUGUUUCGACGAAAAUGGAAAAAGAAGUUCUUCAUGAUGAUGAUGAAGAUCAUGGAGAAGGAAAUGAGGAAACUACCAGGCGUUUUGGAGGACAAAGGGAAGGUGUGUUCUUGACGUGGGAUGAUUUAUGGGUGAGUGUUCGAGAUGGGAAAAGAGGGAGUAAAUCCAUACUAAGGGGGCUCACCGGGUAUGCCCGACCCGGUGAACUUUUGGCCAUCAUGGGUCCUUCUGGAUCCGGCAAGUCCACGCUUCUUGAUGCUUUAGCAGGGAGGUUGGACUCGAAAUCAAAGCAAAGUGGGGAUAUUAUGAUCAAUGGUCGAACUCAAAGGCUUGCUUAUGGCACUUCAGCUUACGUGACUCAAGAUGACAUCUUAACAUGGACUCUAACAACCAGAGAAGCUGUGUACUACUCUGCUCAGCUUCAGCUACCGAAUACAAUGUCGAAAGCAGAGAAAAGAGAAAGGGCUGAGAAUACUAUCAAGGAAAUGGGAUUGCAGAGCUGCAUUGAUACUAGAAUCGGUGGUUGGGAAAGUAAAGGUCUGAGUGGUGGCCAACAAAGGCGAGUGAGUAUUUGCAUCGAAAUCCUGACUAGGCCGAAGCUUCUUUUCCUUGAUGAGCCAACUAGUGGACUAGAUAGCGCGGCUUCAUACUAUGUGGUGGAUCGCAUUGUUAAACUCGCCAGAGAAUAUGGGAUGACAGUGUUUGCAUCCAUGCAUCAACCUAGUGCCGAAGUCUUCAAACUAAUCGACAAUCUUUGCCUUCUUUCAUUAGGCCGGACUAUAUAUUUUGGAUCCACUUUUGCAGUCAAUCAGUUUUUCUCUUCAAGUGGCUUUUCGAAUCCUAAUCUCAUCAAUCCAGCAGAUCAUUGUCUUAUGAUGAUCAAUACAGACUUUGAUGAGGACAUUGAAUCAGGCUUCCCUGGAAAGCAAACCACAAAAGAAUUACUUGACAAGAUAGUGGAAUCUUACACAUCCUCUGAUUUAUAUAACCUCACCCUUGAAGAAGUUGCUCGCAUAAAUGCACAACAAAUUGGAGCGGUGAAGAUUACAAAAAAUGGUCCCACCUGUUUCAGACAGUGUCUUGUCCUAACAAAAAGAUCAUUCCUGAACAUGUAUCGGGACCUUGGCUAUUACUGGCUACGCCUUGCUAUUUACAUAGCUUUGGCAUUUGGCUUAGGUACCGUGUUUUAUAACGUGGGGAACAGUUACAGCUCCAUUAAUGCGCGGGGUUCCAUGAUCAUGUUUGUAGUCUCAUUGUUAACCAUGAUGGCAAUAGGAGGCUUCCCCUCAUUUGUUGAGGAAAUGAAGGUUUUUCGCCGAGAAAGAUUAAAUGGUCAUUAUGGAGUCGCAGCAUUUGUCAUUAGUAACAUAAUUUCAUCAUUCCUCUUCCUGUUACUUAUCGCCGCGAUUCCUGGUGCCAUUUCCUAUUACCUGUCAGGAUUAAAAAUGGCCCCUGAAAACUUUGUCUAUUUCACUCUUGUGCUUCUUGUGUGCAUCAUGUUGGUGGAAGGCCUUAUGAUGAUUGUUGCAAGUCUGGUUCCAAAUUUUCUGAUGGGACUAAUUAUUAGUGCUGGAAUGCAAGGAGUGAUGAUGUUAAGCGGAGGUUUCUUCCGGUUACCCGAUGAUUUGCCAAAGGUAUUCUGGAAAUAUCCUCUGUAUUUCAUCUCCUUCCACAGAUAUGGAUUUCAAGGACUGUACAAGAAUGAGUUUGAAGGGCUCAAAUUUCCCAACAAUGGAAUAAUGGGAGGAUCAUCUUCAUGGAUUGAUGGUGAAACAAUUCUGAGGGAUGUUUGGCAGGUUGAAUUGAGUUAUUCCAAAUGGAUUGAUCUUGCCAUCUUGAUGCUCAUGGCCAUCUCAUAUAGGAUUCUGUUUUUCGGAAUUAUUAAGAGUAGAGAAAAACUCAAACCCAUCAUCAAACAUCUCUCCAUGGGGAUUUCUCAUGAAAGAGAGUAACUUUGUAAACUAGUAGUACUUUGGUACAGUCAAGAACUAAUGGGGAAAGAUCACAACUCCUUGAAGGAAAACAAAAUAUAAAUACGCAUGAGGGGAUUUUCCCAUUCCACAUAAUGAUUUCACAAAUAACUGCUAUUAUCCGUUGAAAUUCAAUGCAAAGAAUUUGGACACGUUCUGCCCGUCAAGAUAAAUUUUAUAGUAUUAUUUGUUUUUUUGGGUACAAAUUUUAUAGUACCAUUAAUCGAAAGC